AUGGAGGGAAUCUUCAGUGUUCUCGGCUUGGAAUGGAUAGACAGCAGAAGUUUAUUAAUAUUUUUCUGUGUUUUUCUGCUGCUGGCUGAUUUUUGGAGGUACAGAGCACCAAAAAACUUCCCUCCUGGACCGUGGGCUCUGCCUUUUAUUGGUGAUCUUCAUCGCAUCCAACCUUCAAAACUUCAUUUGCAGUUCUCAGAGUUUGCAGAGAAAUAUGGAACCAUUUUCAGCCUUCGUCUCUUUGGUGGAAGGAUUGUGGUCAUCAAUGGCUACAAGCAUAUAAAAGAAGCCCUGGUCCAACAAGGAGAAGACUAUGCAGAUCGUCCCCCCGUACCAUUGUUCGCUGAAUUGAUUGGGAAUAAAGGUAUUGUGAUAGCCAAUGGUAAUCCAUGGAAGCAGCAGAGGAGAUUUGCUCUUCACACACUCAGAAACUUUGGUCUGGGCAAGAAGACCAUGGAAAUAUUCAUCCAGCAGGAGUGUCGAUAUCUCACAGAGGCGUUCGCAGAUCACCAAGGGAAGACCUUUGAUGCCCGAAAACUGAUAAACAAUGCUGUGUCCAACAUAAUCUGCUGUUUGGUGUUUGGACAUCGAUUUGAGUACACUGAUAAGCAGUACCAGUCUAUUCUCCAGGACUUUAAUGACGCAGUGCGCUUACAGGAAAGUAUAUUUAUCCAGAUUUACAACACAGUGCCCUGGCUGAUGAGGUGGCUGCCUGGACCUCAUCAGAAGAUAUUCGCCCUGUUAAAAGAGUUAAUUAAGUUUGUAGAAAUCAAGAUUAAAGAACACAGAGAAACCCUCGACCCCUCAUCACCAAGAGACUACAUUGACUCCUUCCUCAUAGAAAUGGGAGAUAAGGAGGACAAAGACGCUGGUUUUGAUCUCAGCAAUUUGUGUAUUUGUACUCUGGAUCUGUUUGGUGCUGGAAGUGAAACUACUACCACUACUUUACGCUGGGCGCUGCUAUACAUGAUCCAUUACCCUGACAUACAGAAGAAAGUCCAGGCUGAGAUAGAUGCUGUGAUUGGUUCAUCCAGACAGCCCUCCAUGACUGACAGAGAAAACAUGCCCUACACUGAUGCAGUCAUCCAUGAAAUACAGAGAUAUGGCAACAUCGUCCCACUCAAUGUGCCCCACAUGACUUACAGGGACACCACACUGGAUAAGUACACAAUCCCAAAGGGCACCUUGAUAAUGCCAUCACUGCACUCGGUUCUGAACGAUGAGUCGAUGUGGGAAACUCCACACUCCUUCAACCCUCAGCACUUUCUGGACCAGGACGGUAAAUUUAGGAAGAGAGAGGCCUUCCUUCCUUUUUCUGCAGGUAAGCGGGUGUGCCUUGGGGAACAACUGGCCAGGAUGGAGUUAUUCCUCUUUUUCACAUCCUUCCUCCAGAGAUUUUCAUUCUCAGCACCUGAUGGAGAGCUGCCCAGUCUGGACUAUAACUUGGGAGGCAUUCGCAGUCCAAAGCCUUACCACCUUUGUGCCACAUCACGAUAA